UUUAUUUUUUCUUUGCCCAUUUUCUUUAAGCGUCGCAAUGGAAGUGUUGCAAUUACAUUAAAUUUCUAAGUAGAAACCAUGCGCUUCGUUGUAGUAAGUAAUGUCUAGAAUAAGAGGUUUUGAGGCUAAAAUCCAAAAAGAACUACUACAGACUCAUAGGAAUGGAUGGGAUGAAAACUGUGAAAAGAAAAGUGAAGGACAGUCUUGUUACACGAAAGAUGACGCUGAAAAGCAGCAAAUCGCGGAACUGGUGUCGAAGCUGCCGCGACUCGACAAAAUCUUUACAGUACACCGCAAGAUCGGCGAGGGCACGUUCAGCUCUGUGUACCUGGGCUCGCUACGCGCACACUCACCGCUGCCUGACGCCUCCAAGCGUUGGUUCGCCAUCAAGCACUUGGUACCCACUGCGCACCCCGCGCGCAUCGAGCACGAGCUACGCUGCCUUAGAGACAUAGGCGGUAAGAACAAUGUGAUAGGAGUGGACCUUUGUCUGCGCAACUUGGACACCAUAGUGUUUGUAAUGCCCUACAUACCUCAUCGGAAAUUCUCGGAGUACGUGGGUGAGAUGGACGCGGUGGAGCUGGCGGCGUACAUGCGCGCGCUGCUGAUUGCGUUGCGCCACGUACACUCGUUCGGCGUCAUCCACCGUGACGUCAAGCCUUCCAAUUUUCUAUACGACCGAGAGAACCGCAGGUUAGGCCUACACGGCUCCAGUUUCCUAUCUUAUACUAUAAGAGAGGUCGCGUCGAAGCGUCUUUAUCGCGCGCACGAGCCGCCGGCGCCGCAAACUCUGGCCGACCUGCUGGGCACGGGCCCGCUGCAGCGCGCCGCCGAGGCGCUGGGCCGGCGCCUGGUGACGUCGAGCCCGCGCCGCGGCCUGUGCCUGCGCAAGCUGUGCGCGCGCCUGCGCGGGCCGCCGCCGCCCGCCGCGCCCGGCGCAAAGGCCUGCGCGCUGUGCCGCCUGCCGCGCCCGCACUGCCUCUGCAGGGACGAGGCCGUCCCGGCGGCGGAGUGGCGCGAGGGCGCCGGCGUGGCGGGCUUCCCGGACUGCGCCUUCGCGCUGGCGGCGCGGCUGCUGGAGCCCGACCCGCGGCGCCGGCCGUCGGCCGCGCAGGCGCUCGCGCACCCCUUCCUGGCCGAGGCGCGGCCCUAGGCCGGCUUCGGCUUCUCGCCGUGCCUUUCCGCCGACGGUGGACGACACGAUCUCGAGGCCGUGCGCGUUUCGACAACGUAACGAAACGUGCAGGACCUGUCGGAAAUGUUUGUAGCUCUGCCUCGGCGACAUAAUGUCGUUUGCGUCCUGCGGUGCGACACGUACUCGCGCACUCUGUGUAAUACUGAAUGCCGCUGACGGAUUUCUGACGCAAAAUGGAACUCCGGCGCGUGACCGCGCAGCCACGAGGUUCCGUGCUGGUCUGCACAUCGCACCGCAGCUGACCCGCACGGCCACGCGUCCUAACAGUACGAUGUCACGAACCGGCACUGUGAGAGAACAUUCGCAGCGGAUCCCUUCGGCCGGAGUCAAAUAAUAGUCCAAUGACUUGUGCAUUAAAAGCCGUGAUCACCUUACUGGUGCGUAUUCGGCUUGUACUCGUAUUCGCAAAUUUGUCUGCCUUUAUAAGACUAAGCGCGUGAAAUUCGACGCCAUGACCUUGUUAAUUAAUUGUAAUUGACUGUAAGAUCUCUGCUAACCCUAAGUUUUAUGUUGAGUUAUGAGUACAAAUUAGUUUAAGAAUUAGGAAAAACUAGUGAAGUUAGAGCGGCAUCCGCCCCUCGCUUGCUGUGAUAAAACUAUCUUAAUUACAUAAUAUGGCUGGGAUGUUGGCGGUGCACAUUACCACAAGCUUGCAUUUUAUUUUCUGCGUUGCGCCUUUCCACGUGCACAGUGCACAUCCACAGGACAUUUUUAAGAAUAGUAGUGAGUUUCUUGCGCCUUUCAGUAGUUCAGAUAGAGCAAAAGUAAACAGCAAAGCAAAUCUCGUGGAAUAUUUUUUUCGGUAAAUUGCAUUAGCACCCUGCUCCUCGGUUACUGCCCUCACUUCGCACGGGCAAAGCGCGUCUCAGCAGAAGUAAUGCAAAGUUGGGGCCGCCGAUCUCCUAAUUACCAAGUGCCUUUAUGAUUGUGUUCGGUAGAGUAUUACUUUGUUACCUCAUUGUUAAAUAAAAGUUAAUUUAGGAUGAAUAUCUUGUCG